AUGACAUCUGCUCAACCCACAGAAAUGAAAGCCUGGCUCUACUCCAGCACAACCAACGGCCUGGAAAAUAACCUCAAUUUCGACGCGUCGGCACGCGCCCCACCAGCCGUCCACGGCAACAAUGUCCUAGUCCAAGUCCUCUCAGCCUCGCUGAAUCCCGCCGACUACAAAGUCCCCGAAAUGGGCCUAGUAGGUCUCGUAGCACAAAAAUUCGUCAUCGGCACACCCGCCUCACCGGGAAUGGACUUCUGCGGACGCGUGGUCGUCUCCGGCGACGACGCGACCGAGUUCUUACCCGGCCAGCUCGUGUACGGCUGUCUCAGCCAGCCCGGCCAAUUCGGUUCUUUGGGCGAGUACCUAGUGACGUCUGCUAGCCUGCUUGCGCCCGUGCCGGAGGGCGUGGAGGUUGAUCAUGCGGCGUGCAUUGGCAUUGCCGGACAGACGGCGUACCAGUCUUUGGCUGGGUAUGUCAGUGCCGGUGAUAAGGUGUUCAUUAACGGCGGCUCUGGAGGAUGUGGAAUUUUCGCCAUUCAAAUUGCUAAAGAGAUGGGAUGUCAUGUUACUACUACUUGCUCGACGAAGAAUGUGGAGUUUGUUCGUGGGCUGGGUGCUGAUGAGGUUAUUGACUACUCGGUUGAGGAGGAUUUGGUUGCUACGCUGCGUGACCGUGGUGUUGUCUUUGAUCAUAUUGUCGAUCAUAUUGGAUACCCUGCGCCGAUGUAUCGCGAGUCGCAUCACUUCUUGGCGGCUGGGAAGACGUUUGUGCAGGUUGGUGCGCCGGGCGUGGGGACUUUUGUUGAUCGGUUGAUCUGGCCGAGUUUCUUGGGUGGUGGAAAGAGGAAGUAUGUUAUCUUCUUCUUCAAGAAUACUCGUGAAGAUCUUAUGAAGAUGGGGGAAUGGGUGCAAAAGGGGGCUGUCAAGAUUCAGCUGGAUACUGCCUACGAGUUUGAGGACACCGUGAAGGCAUUUGAGAAGCUUCGGUCUGCCCGUGCUAGAGGAAAGAUUGUUGUGCAUGUGGCUAAGCCAUGA